AGCAGCAAACACUCACGCGCCGCUACAUGACACACUCCGAGACGUUUAAGUAUCACCUAUUCUACUUCUGGCGACGAAAAAUGUAUGUAUGUUUUAGCAUUUCGUUGUUUGGUUCACUGUUUUAGAGGGCUGUGAAGUACAGGGAAUGGUUAACCCUGUUUAACGGAAAGUGAAGGGGUUACGAAAGCGGAAGAACUUGGAGUUAGCAUAGGGCACAAGAAGUUAGCUUCAUUAAGUAGGCUAGUUAGCUUGACAAAUAGCCGGCAGAACGUUACAAGGCACCAGCUGCUAGCGGAUUAGCCUGUUUCUGCUGCUGUCAUGCCUGGAGUUCCUCGAGAUUUCACUGCAGGAACGAGAACACGUAACAGUUAGCAGCUAAGCAGGCGUCCAGCAGUAGCAGCAGCAGGCACUGACAACCGGCCGAGGCGCUGACCGGUCGUAACUAGCACCCCCACAGCUGCGGAUUGGACUUCUCUGCGGCGACUAGUGCCCCUGAACAUACUCGGUAGGAAAUCCUGGAAAUCCUUCUAAGAUGAGAUACGAUGGAGCUUGUCACACGGAGGUUGUAAAAUAAGGUAGAAGAGCUGUAACCCAGCCAAAGCUUUAAUAUAAGACAUCGAAGUCCAGCUCAUAAGGAUUGUCAACCCUUUUUUCUGCCAAACAACAUCCUUUAAGACUGAAGAAAUGCUGACUGAUAACAGGAAACGACAUCGUAGUUGUGACAGUGAGGAGGAUCAACAGCUGAGUCCUCAAGCCAAGAGGUCAGGUGGUGGUCCCUGCCUGCUUGUGUCAGAUUUGGACUCCGAGUCUUCCAGCAACGACAGCAGCAAUGGGAUCUGCAGUCCAGACAGAGCAAUAGUGACCAGCACAAGUCCAUGCACACACAGCCAGAACAACUGCAUCUCUCAGUACUCUCUUAGCCCAAAGCCUGAAGACUCUGCCAGCUCUUUGCAGCAUGGUUUCCAUGGCGAUAGCAGCAGUGUCUCCUACGACUACAUCAACAGAGUCCUGAGGGAGGCGCACUUCAGCAGUCUGCAGACUAGAGGGCGCCCAGGCUCGACAUGAUGUAACCUUUGACCCUCUCCUGACCUUCUGCCCCUUGCCCAUCAGUACUGACUGUGCUGGCACCGUCCUGGAAAAAGCCUCAAGUGACAUACUUGGGUCAGGGGGGAAGGGGAUGAAGGUCAGGGAGGUUUACAGAUUUUUGGCACAAAGGCUCAUCCCCACCAUCUCACAAUGUAACAUUUGUCAAGACCAUAAGCACAUCCACCUUACCAUGGCCCAGCCACUGUGGUUUUCUGUGCAGUAUUGAUGGGUAUGUGUGUUUGUGAGUGUGUGUGCAUGCACCCUGUGCACUUUAUAAAGAGGUAUCUGUCUCUUUACAUGCGUGUGUUGAUGCGUGGACAUUUUCAUUGGUGCUAAUCACAAGAUAAGUGUGAUGAUCCAAAGUGCUUGCAUAUUUAAAUAAAGCUAAGCACUUUACUCUUCGUUUUGUUUACUCUCGACUGGGGAAGUCAGCCACAUGUUUGUUUUUGUAAAGCAGGAGCUGUUGAAAUCCCACUCACAAAGUCAGUCGACAAGCCAACAGAUUUAUUCCCAUGAAGCCUUGUUAAACAGUCCAGUUAAAUAUCAUUUUAAGGCCUCAUUUAUUUUCUUCAACCAAAGUGAUAUAAAGUUUAGAGUAUACUGGACUUUGCACUUCCUUUCAUUAUCUAACGACAGUGUGUAAGGUUAGCGGGUUCAACCUGGUGGAACAGAAAUUCUUCAUGAGCCUCACCACCGAAGUCCAACCUGAGAUUAGACGCUGGCUAAUUAUAGAGCGGUGAGCAGGCUCUGGAGUCUGCUGCAUGGGCAGUGAGUGACAUGUUCUACAAGAAGCAGCUCUCUAAAUCAGUCUGUAAUCAGUUGGUUAUCUCCUGAAUAUCUUUACACAAAAUGUGUAUGUGUAUGUCAUAAGCCUUUCACCCAUAAUUGUUUAUGGAUGGUUUAAUAUGACCAGUACACUGUGUUGCAAAUAAAAUAAAAGUGAGGUGUAAAAGUGAUAGUUACUCAUAAUCAAUGUAAUUUUCCAGAUCAUUUGACAUUGAAAUAAAGUGUUGCUGCAGUUU